AUUUAAUUGUACGCUUUACCAUUCAGCUCUCCUCGACCCCCCUGCCAACCCAAUAAUACUAUCACGUGACACAAAUAAUUCUACCACCACCGAACCGUCAUACCAACAAUUUGCGCCUCGCCCAGAACCUCCACCCAAACACAACUCACAAUCCACAAGACAAUUGCCAAUUACCACACCUCCACCAAACCAAACCAACCCACCUACCCAAAAAAAAACCAAAAACCCUCAAAUCACAAUGGACGCCAACGGAGAAUUCGACGUCAACAGCUUGACCCAGCGCGACAAGCAGGAGCUCCAGCAGUUCAUCCAGAAUGAGACGCAGAAGAGCAAGUUGCAGCAGUCCGUCCACAACCUCACAGACAUCUGCUGGACCAAGUGCGUGACUGGCAGCAUCAAGAGCGGGAAGCUGGAUAAGAGCGAGGAGACGUGCGCGAGGAACUGUGUGGAUCGCUUUUUGGAUGCGAAUUUCUUGGUUAUUAAGCAGCUUGAGGGGAUGAGGGGAUAGACUAUUGGGGAUGGGA